AUGGGGGACGCUGCUCAGCAGCAGCAGCUGUUGCUGCUGCUGCAGACGCAACAACUGCUGCUAGAGGAACUGCUGCAGCAGCAGCAGCAGCAGCAGCAGCAACAGGAGCCGGAGCAGCAGCAGCAGCAGCAAACUUCUUCUGCUUCCGCAGCAACAGCAACUUUAAAACCCUUUCUUUCAUCUCCAAGAAAGAUAUCUGCCCCUAUCCAGUACAGCUGGACCCUACCGGGGCCCCCCUUGGGGGGCCCCCCCUCGGGGGGCCCCCCAUCGGGGGGCCCCCCACUUGGGGGGCCCCCCUUGGGGGGCCCCCCUGAGGGGGGCCCCCCUUCAGGGGGGCCCCUCCUUGGGGGCCCCUUGUUUGGUUUUCCUGAGUCUGCUUCUUGCUUAGCUGAAGCAAAAGGCAGGGGGGCCCCUGCUGAGGCUUUGCAGCAGCAGCUGCAGCAGCAGCAGCAGCUGCUGAUGCUGCAGCUGCUUACAGUGAUGCAGCAGCAGCAGCAGCAGCAGCAGCAGCAGAGUCGUGGGAGCAAGCAGCAGCGCUGGAACAGCGUUUUGCGCAGCAGCAGCUCAAGAGCAGCAGCAGCAGCAGCAGCAGCAGCAGCACCCUCAGCAGCAGCCACGACGGUGGCAGCAACUAGGUCUCCAGCAGCACCACUGCCACCAGCAUCUGCUGCUGCUGCUGCUGCUGCUGCUGCUGCUGCUGCUGAGCCCUCGCUGCUGCGCUUCGAGAGGAAGCAGAGAUAUGUUGCUGCUGCCAUUUCCCCCGACGGCUCUGUUGCAGCAGCAGCAACAAAGGCGGGGGAGAUCGUGGCUUUUCACUUGCCCGAAAAAAGUUCCGUUUGGGGGGCCCCCGGGGGGCCCCUGGGGGCCCCCAGGGGCCCCCCGGGGGCCCCCCAGGGGGCCCCCCGGGGGGCCCCCCGGGGGGCCCCCCGGGGGCCCCCCAAAGACGGCUCUUGGGGGGGCCCCCACAGCCGCGCGCUGCGCAGCUCCAGGGACCCUUGGGGGAGAAGCAAGCGCAGCAGCAGCAGCAGCAGCAGCAGCAGCAGCAGCAGCCCAGGCCGACGCACGCUGCUGAGGGGCCCCUCCUCUAGGGGGCCCCACAGGGGAGCCCCUGCAGCACAGGGGCCCCUGCAGCAGCAGCAGCAGCAGCAGCAGCAGCAGCAGCAGCGGACCCUGGGGGCCCCCAAGGAAGGGGCCCCCAGGAAGCUGGAGAAGCCCCCGAAGCUGGCGCGGCUGCUGCUGCUGCAGGGAGCGGGGCGGCUCUCAGUUUGGAGGCAGCAGCAGCAGCAGCAGCAGCAGCAGCAGCAGCAGCAGAGGAGGAGCUGGGGGUCAAGUGGCUCGUCUGCCCAUAGAAAGAGGCAGGAGCAGCAGCAGCAAAAGCUGCUGCAGCAGCAGCAAAAGCUGCUGCAGCAGCAGCAGCCUUACGAGAGAGAAUGCGUCGAAGAUGCAGCAGCAGCAGCAGUUCUAAAUACAGAAACAGCAGCAGCCCCAUCUUGCUACAGUUUUGCUCAGUAA